UUCCAUGGGUCAAGUUUGGCUUGACCGAGGCGGAGUACAAGGUCCGCGGCCGCUACGGCAGAUGCUAUUGGUGCAACAGCACCAAGCACAAGACCUCCCUGUGCCAAGAUCAGGGCAAGGAGGAUGUGUGACCCCGCCUCAGCUCGGGAAACUGAACUCCGCGGAAGGUGAGGCGACUCCACCUUCUACGCCGCCAGAUUCGGCCGCCUUGCUAGCGGCCUCCUGCACAUCUGGGGAGGAUGCGAAUGUCGUAAGUCCUCGGUAUACUUACGAGGAUUAUGCUGUCCACUUGGUUCCACCGCUGGACCAACCGCUCCACGUGCAACAGUCCACCGCAUGCACGGUUUCAUCACCAUCGGCAACCGAUUCGGCAGCUUCGCCGCAAUCUAUCGCCGGGGAUUCGACGUCAUGGUCAAGACUUGAAGAGCUCGACCAAUUGACGUUCACGGACUUCCAGUGGAUGCCCGUUCCCUCGACCGGACGAUUGCCGAAACCGCAUUGCAUCGUGCUUAUGGCACAAUUGCAGGACUACUUGCACACUGCAGUACCAGCUCCGUUGAUGGACGCCGGAGCAAAGGUUGUCGACCUUCACGCUUUCAUCGCGAAGAUCGACCGCGAGUUCAAGACGCAACGGUACGACGACAUCGACGCACCAUUGCUAUACRUACGCAYUCAGAUCGGARAGGCGACCUGCAGUGCCUUGAUCGAUUGCGGAGCAUCUCGCAACUACAUCAGCCAGGACUUCAUGGUACGCGCCGGCCUUGGCCCACGUGUCCGGAGGAGGUCCCAGCCUACGCAAGUCACUCUGACAGACGGUCAUACGCACAAGUCCAUCAACUGGUGCAUUGACGUCGUCCCAGUGUACUUUGCCCCCCACGCAAGUGAGGCGGUGUCCUUUGACAUUCUGAACACCAAAUUCGACAUGAUCUUGGGCAUGUCAUGGCUGCGAAGCAAGGAUCACCCGGUGAACUUCUUCAACCGCACCGUUCAUGUGUGACACAGGGGUACUUGCCCCUAAUAAUAAUAAUAAUAAUAAUAAUAAUAAUAAUAAUAAUAAUAAUAAAGUUUGCGUUCAAGU